AUGAAGUGCAAAUGCCCUGCAGCCGAAAAGCUCAAACCGGAUGCAGAAACGAAACCAAAAGAGAAGAAUGAGGAACCUCCCAAACCGCAGGAGGAAGCAAAACCAGAAGUGAAAGAAGAACCAAAACCGCCUGAAGAAGUCAAGCCAGCGGAACCAAAAGAGGAGCCUAAACCACCUGAGGUAGUCAAGCCGCCAGAACCGAAGGAAGAACCUCCCAAACCGCCAGAAGCGAAACCAGAAGAGAAGGUUCCGUGCGCUUGUCAACCAGGGUCAGCUUGUGAGUGUAAAGAGGGUAAAGAGGGAUGCAAGUGUCUUCUAUGUCGAUGUCAACCCGGAGCGCAGUGCAAAUGCAAAAACGGAAAGCCGGCAUGUUUGUGCGAACCUGAUAAAGUGUGUCGCUGCGAGGCUGGAAAAGAUGGAUGUAAAUGCCCACUUGACACUAUCUGCAAUUGCAAACCACCAUGUACAUGCGAACCUGGUACUGCCUGCCAGUGCAUCGAAGGAAAAGAAGGAUGCAAAUGCCACAUAUGCUCUUGUGAACCGGGUACAGUGUGCAAAUGCAAAGGAGGCAAGCCACAAUGCAAAUGUAAUCCAAAAGACGUGUGCACCUGCCAAGCAGGCAAAGAAGGAUGUCAGUGCAAAGUCGGUGUUCCUUGCAAAUGCAAGACCUUAUGUACUUGCGAGUCAAACACAGUUUGUCAGUGUCAACCUGGUAAGGAAGGUUGCCAGUGCCCACCGCCAUCGAAACCACCAGAAGAGGCGAAAUCGGAAGUAAAAGAAGAGCCUAAACCACCUGAAGAAGUCAAGCCGCCAGAACCGAAGGAAGAACCUCCCAAACCGCCAGAGCAAGCAAAACCAGAAGUUAAAGAAGAACCAAAACCACCUGAGGCGGUGAAGCCGGCAGAACCAAAGGAGGAACCUCCCAAAGCGUCAGAAGGGGUGAAACCAGAAGAGAAGGUCCCAUGCGCUUGUCAACCAGGAGCAGUCUGUGAAUGCAAGGAAGGCAAAGAAGGUUGCAAAUGUCUCAUAUGUCAGUGUCAACCCGGAACGCUGUGCAAAUGCAAGAACGGAAAGCCGGCAUGUUUGUGCGAACCUGAUAAAGUGUGUCGCUGCGAGGCUGGAAAAGAUGGAUGUAAAUGCCCACUUGACACCAUCUGCAAUUGCAAACCACCGUGUACAUGCGAACCUGGUACUGCCUGUCAGUGCACCGAAGGAAAAGAAGGAUGCAAAUGCCACAUAUGUUCUUGUGAACCGGGUACGGUGUGCAAAUGCAAAGGAGGCAAGCCACAGUGCAAAUGCAAUCCAAAAGACGUGUGCACCUGUCAAGCAGGCAAAGAAGGAUGUCAAUGUAAAGUCGGUGUUCCUUGCAAAUGCAAGCCCUUAUGUACUUGCGAGCCAAACACAGUUUGUCAGUGUCAACCUGGUAAAGAAGGUUGCCAGUGCCCACCACCAUCGAAACCACCAGAAGAGGCAAAACCAGAAGUAAAAGAAGAGCCUAAACCGCCCGAGGAAGUCAAACCUGCAGAACCCAAAGAGGAACCCAAACCACCUGAAGAAGUCAAGCCGCCAGAACCGAAGGAAGAAGCUCCCAAACCGCCAGAAGAAGCUAAGCCAGAAGAGAAGGUCCCAUGCGCUUGUCAACCAGGAGCAGUCUGUGAAUGCAAGGAAGGCAAAGAAGGAUGCAAGUGUCUCAUAUGUCAGUGUCAACCCGGAACGCUGUGCAAAUGCAAGAACGGAAAGCCGGCAUGUUUGUGCGAACCUGAUAAAGUGUGUCGCUGCGAGGCUGGAAAAGAUGGAUGUAAAUGCCCACUUGACACUAUCUGCAAUUGCAAACCACCAUGUACAUGCGAACCUGGUACUGCCUGCCAGUGCACCGAAGGAAAAGAAGGAUGCAAAUGCCACAUAUGCUCUUGUGAACCGGGUACAGUGUGCAAAUGCAAAGGAGGCAAGCCACAAUGCAAAUGUAAUCCAAAAGACGUGUGCACCUGCCAAGCAGGCAAAGAAGGAUGUCAAUGUAAAGUCGGUGUUCCUUGCAAAUGCAAGCCCUUAUGUACUUGCGAGCCAAACACAGUUUGUCAGUGUCAACCUGGUAAAGAAGGUUGCCAGUGCCCACCACCAUCGAAACCACCAAAAGAGGCAAAACCAGAAGUAAAAGAAGAGCCUAAACCGCCCGAGGAAGUCAAACCUGCAGAACCCAAAGAGGAACCCAAACCACCUGAAGAAGUCAAGCCGCCAGAACCGAAGGAAGAAGCUCCCAAACCGCCAGAAGAAGCUAAGCCAGAAGAGAAGGUCCCAUGCGCUUGUCAACCAGGAGCAGUCUGUGAAUGCAAGGAAGGCAAAGAAGGAUGCAAGUGUCUCAUAUGUCAGUGUCAACCCGGAACGCUGUGCAAAUGCAAGAACGGAAAGCCGGCAUGUUUGUGCGAACCUGAUAAAGUGUGUCGCUGCGAGGCUGGAAAAGAUGGAUGUAAAUGCCCACUUGACACUAUCUGCAAUUGCAAACCACCAUGUACAUGCGAACCUGGUACUGCCUGCCAGUGCACCGAAGGAAAAGAAGGAUGCAAAUGCCACAUAUGCUCUUGUGAACCGGGUACAGUGUGCAAAUGCAAAGGAGGCAAGCCACAAUGCAAAUGUAAUCCAAAAGACGUGUGCACCUGCCAAGCAGGCAAAGAAGGAUGUCAAUGUAAAGUCGGUGUUCCUUGCAAAUGCAAGCCCUUAUGUACUUGCGAGCCAAACACAGUUUGUCAGUGUCAACCUGGUAAAGAAGGUUGCCAGUGCCCACCACCAUCGAAACCACCAGAAGAGGCAAAACCAGAAGUAAAAGAAGAGCCUAAACCGCCCGAGGAAGACAAACCUGCAGAACCCAAAGAGGAACCCAAACCACCUGAAGAAGUCAAGCCGCCAGAACCGAAGGAAGAAGCUCCCAAACCGCCAGAAGAAGCUAAGCCAGAAGAGAAGGUCCCAUGCGCUUGUCAACCAGGAGCAGUCUGUGAAUGCAAGGAAGGCAAAGAAGGAUGCAAGUGUCUCAUAUGUCAGUGUCAACCCGGAACGCUGUGCAAAUGCAAGAACGGAAAGCCGGCAUGUUUGUGCGAACCUGAUAAAGUGUGUCGCUGCGAGGCUGGAAAAGAUGGAUGUAAAUGCCCACUUGACACUAUCUGCAAUUGCAAACCACCGUGUACAUGCGAACCUGGUACUGCCUGUCAGUGCACCGAAGGAAAAGAAGGAUGCAAAUGCCACAUAUGUUCUUGUGAACCGGGUACGGUGUGCAAAUGCAAAGGAGGCAAGCCACAGUGCAAAUGUAAUCCAAAAGACGUGUGCACCUGCCAAGCAGGCAAAGAAGGAUGUCAAUGUAAAGUCGAUGUUCCUUGCAAAUGCAAGACCUUAUGUACUUGCGAGUCAAACACAGUUUGUCAGUGUCAACCUGGUAAAGAAGGUUGCCAGUGCCCACCACCAUCGAAACCACCAGAAGAGGCAAAACCGGAAGUAAAAGAAGAGCCUAAACCACCUGAAGAAGUCAAGCCGCCAGAACCGAAGGAAGAAGCUCCCAAACCGUCAGAAGAAGCUAAACCAGAAGAGAAGGUCCCAUGCGCUUGUCAACCAGGAGCAGUCUGUGAAUGCAAGGAAGGCAAAGAAGGUUGCAAGUGCCUCAUAUGUCAGUGUCAACCCGGAACGCUGUGCAAAUGCAAGAACGGAAAGCCGGCAUGUUUGUGCGAACCUGAUAAAGUGUGUCGCUGCGAAGCUGGAAAAGAUGGAUGUAAAUGCCCACUGGAUACUAUCUGCAAUUGCAAACCACCGUGUACAUGCGAACCUGGUACUGCCUGCCAGUGCACCGAAGGAAAAGAAGGAUGCAAAUGCCACAUAUGCUCUUGUGAACCGGGUACGGUGUGCAAAUGCAAAGGAGGCAAGCCACAGUGCAAAUGUAAUCCAAAAGACGUGUGCACCUGCCAAGCAGGCAAAGAAGGAUGUCAAUGUAAAGUCGGUGUUCCUUGCAAGUGCAAGCCUUUAUGUACUUGCGAGCCAAACACAGUUUGUCAGUGUCAACCUGGUAAGGAAGGCUGUCAAUGUUCACCACAAGCACCGGCUGAGGAGCACGUCCACGUAUGCACAUGCAAACCAGGACAACCCUGCACCUGCGAAGCUGAAAAGCCGAAGUGCACUUGCCAACCAGGAGCAGUCUGUGAAUGCAAGGAAGGCAAAGAAGGUUGCAAGUGUCUUAUAUGCCAGUGUCAACCCGGAGCGCUGUGCAAAUGCAAGAACGGAAAGCCGGCAUGUUUGUGCGAACCUGAUAAAGUGUGUCGCUGCGAAGCUGGAAAAGAUGGAUGUAAAUGCCCACUUGACACUAUCUGCAGUUGCAAACCACCGUGUACAUGCGAACCUGGUACUGCCUGCCAGUGCACCGAAGGAAAAGAAGGAUGCAAAUGCCACAUAUGCUCUUGUGAACCGGGUACGGUGUGCAAAUGCAAAGGAGGCAAGCCACAGUGCAAAUGUAAUCCAAAAGACGUGUGCACCUGCCAAGCAGGCAAAGAAGGAUGUCAAUGUAAAGUCGGUGUUCCUUGCAAGUGCAAGCUUUUAUGUACUUGCGAGCCAAACACAGUUUGUCAGUGUCAACCUGGUAAGGAAGGCUGUCAAUGUGCACCACAAGCACCGGCUGAGGAGCACGUCCACGUAUGCACAUGCAAACCAGGACAACCCUGCACCUGCGAAGCUGAAAAGCCGAAGUGCACUUGCCAACCAGGAGCAGUCUGUGAAUGCAAGGAAGGCAAAGAAGGUUGCAAGUGUCUUAUAUGCCAGUGUCAACCCGGAGCGCUGUGCAAAUGCAAGAACGGAAAGCCGGCAUGUUUGUGCGAACCUGAUAAAGUGUGUCGCUGCGAAGCUGGAAAAGAUGGAUGUAAAUGCCCACUUGACACUAUCUGCAGUUGCAAACCACCGUGUACAUGCGAACCUGGUACUGCCUGCCAGUGCACCGAAGGAAAAGAAGGAUGCAAAUGCCACAUAUGCUCUUGUGAACCGGGUACGGUGUGCAAAUGCAAAGGAGGCAAGCCACAGUGCAAAUGUAAUCCAAAAGACGUGUGCACCUGCCAAGCAGGCAAAGAAGGAUGUCAAUGUAAAGUCGGUGUUCCUUGCAAGUGCAAGCCUUUAUGUACUUGCGAGCCAAACACAGUUUGUCAGUGUCAACCUGGUAAGGAAGGCUGUCAAUGUGCACCACAAGCACCGGCUGAGGAGCACGUCCACGUAUGCACAUGCAAACCAGGACAACCCUGCACCUGCGAAGCUGAAAAGCCGAAGUGCACUUGCCAACCAGGAGCAGUCUGUGAAUGCAAGGAAGGCAAAGAAGGUUGCAAGUGUCUUAUAUGCCAGUGUCAACCCGGAGCGCUGUGCAAAUGCAAGAACGGAAAGCCGGCAUGUUUGUGCGAACCUGAUAAAGUGUGUCGCUGCGAAGCUGGAAAAGAUGGAUGUAAAUGCCCACUUGACACUAUCUGCAAUUGCAAACCACCGUGUACAUGCGAACCUGGUACUGCCUGCCAGUGCACCGAAGGAAAAGAAGGAUGCAAAUGCCACAUAUGCUCUUGUGAACCGGGUACGGUGUGCAAAUGCAAAGGAGGCAAGCCACAGUGCAAAUGCAAUCCAAAAGACGUGUGCACCUGCCAAGCAGGCAAAGAAGGAUGUCAAUGUAAAGUCGGUGUUCCUUGCAAGUGCAAGCCUCUAUGUACUUGCGAGCCAAACACAGUUUGUCAGUGUCAACCUGGUAAGGAAGGUUGUCAAUGUGCACCACAAGCACCUUCGGCCGAGGAGCACGCCCACGUAUGCACAUGCAAACCGGGACAACCCUGCACCUGCGAAGCUGAAAAGCCGAAGUGCACUUGCCAACCAGGAGCAGUGUGUGAAUGCAAGGAAGGCAAAGAAGGUUGCAAGUGUCUCAUAUGCCAGUGUCAACCCGGAGCGCUGUGCAGAUGCAAGAAUGGAAAACCGACAUGUUUGUGCGAACCUGAUAAAGUGUGUCGCUGCGAAGCUGGAAAAGAUGGAUGUAAAUGCCCACUUGACACUAUCUGCAAUUGCAAACCACCGUGUACAUGCGAACCUGGUACUGCCUGCCAGUGCACCGAAGGAAAAGAAGGAUGCAAAUGCCACAUAUGCUCUUGUGAACCGGGUACGGUGUGCAAAUGCAAAGGAGGCAAGCCACAGUGCAAAUGCAAUCCAAAAGACGUGUGCACCUGCCAAGCAGGCAAAGAAGGAUGUCAAUGUAAAGUCGGUGUUCCUUGCAAGUGCAAACCUUUAUGUACUUGCGAGCCAAACACAGUUUGUCAGUGUCAACCUGGUAAGGAAGGUUGUCAAUGUGCACCACAAGCACCUUCGGCUGAGGAGCACGCCCACGUAUGCACAUGCAAACCAGGACAACCCUGCACCUGCGAAGCUGAAAAGCCGAAGUGCACUUGCCAACCAGGAGCAGUCUGUGAAUGCAAGGAAGGCAAAGAAGGUUGCAAGUGUCUCAUAUGCCAGUGUCAACCCGGAGCGCUGUGCAGAUGCAAGAAUGGAAAACCGUCAUGUUUGUGCGAACCUGACAAAGUGUGUCGUUGCGAAGCUGGAAAGGAGGGCUGCAAAUGUGCUUUAGAUGCCGUCUGCAAUUGUAAGCCACAGUGCAGUUGUGAGCCCGGUACUGCUUGUCAAUGUAGUGAGGGUAAAGAAGGCUGUAAAUGUCACCUAUGCACUUGCGAGCCAGGUAGCGUCUGCAAAUGUAAGGGUGGCAAACCUACUUGUAAAUGUGACUCAAGAGCCAUUUGUAAUUGCCAGGCAGGCAAAGAAGGAUGUCAGUGUAAGCUGAACAUAGUUUGCCAGUGUAAAGUUAUAUGCUCAUGUGUACCCGGUACAAUCUGUCAAUGUAGUCCAGAUAAGGAGGGAUGUGUAUGCCCAAUUUGUUUAUGUCGACCUGGCGCUAUUUGCGCAUGCAAGGGUGGCAAACCUGCGUGUUUGUGCGAUUCCGGGAAAACAUGCCAAUGCAAGGCAGGAAAGGAAGGAUGCAAGUGCGUUCCUGAUAUGGUGUGCAAAUGCAAAUUCGGACAAGCUUCUGAUGAUAAAAAGAGCGAUUACUGUCCGUCUGGAGGAGAGAACCAGACACUUCCUUCAACCAGUACUACAGAUAUAAAAGGAACUGAGCGUAAUAGAGGACCAAAUCCUAUGGAGACAGACGAUUUUUACAAACUUCGCGAAGGUCCUGGUAUUGAUAAUGUUACACUUGAUCCGCUUGUAAAUAUUCACGAAAUGAUAUUUCGUCCACUUGAUAAAUUAGUAUUCAACGCUCCAUUUGACUUUGACCACAUUACUUAUCAUAUGACGAUUCUCAACAACACUAUACAUCCAGUUGCUUUCGCCAUCAAAGGAAAUUGCAUCCCACGAGUGAUUGCGUUUCCUCCAUAUGGUGUUUUGAAAAGCAAGCAAAGGAUCCCCAUUGCUGUAACUAUGAGGAAGUUUGAUCAUGAUAAAUGGGGAGAAAGAGAUCGAAUUGUGUACGAGUGGGUCCUAUUGAGAAAAUAUGAAGAAAAGUUCCGUCCAGAUAUGCUUAGGUCAAAUGGUAUUGUUAGGCGAAAGAACAUUCUUGUCCAAUAUAAUGGAUAAUUCAAUUGUUCUCAUGUUACUCGUUACAAUUUGAUUAAACUUUUCGAGA